AUGGAAUUCGAUACUAUCCCUCAAGAAGCAAUGUGGCAAAUGAACUUGAGAUCAAGUGAAACAAUGGAAUCAGGGCCUUAUCCAGAGCAUCCAGGAGAACCAGAUUGUUCAUACUACAUCAGAACUGGCCUUUGUAGAUUUGGAGCAACAUGUCGAUUUAAUCAUCCUCCUAACAGGAAGCUGGCUAUUGCCACUGCACGGAUGAAAGGCGAGUUCCCAGAGAGGUUAGGGCAGCCAGAAUGUCAGUACUAUCUGAAAACAGGAACUUGCAAAUUUGGUGCCACAUGCAGGUUUCAUCAUCCUAAAGACAAGGCUGGGGUUGCUGGAAGAGUUGCCUUGAACAUUUUAGGCUAUCCACUCCGCCCGAAUGAGUCUGAAUGUGCUUAUUAUUUAAGAACUGGUCAAUGCAAGUUUGGGAACACUUGCAAAUUUCAUCAUCCUCAACCAAGUAAUAUGGUACUAUCAAUGAGGGGUUCGACUGUUUAUCCUACUGUCCAAUCUCCAACUACACCAGGUCAGCAGUCAUAUGCGGCAGGAAUUACAAAUUGGUCUAGUUCAUCCUAUGUUCCUAGUCCAAGGUGGCAAGGUCCUUCAAGUUAUGCACCCUUAAUUCUACCCCAAGGAGUGGUUUCAGUGCCUGGGUGGAGUACAUACAGUGGUCAAAUGGGAUCAGAAAGUCCACAGCAAACAAUGAGAAAUGAUCAAACCUAUGGAACUUCUCACCAAGGUGAAUUAGAAAAUGCAGGACUCCAAGGGGCAUAUUCUCAAUACCGUUCUGGCUCUGUUCCAGUAGGAUUCUAUGCUUUGCAAAGGGAUAACAUUUUUCCAGAGAGACCUGAUCAGCCCGAAUGCCAAUUCUACAUGAAGACCGGAGAUUGCAAGUUCGGUGCAGUUUGUCGUUUUCACCACCCACGAGAGAGGCAGAUCCCUGCCCCUGAUUGUGUUUUGAGUCCCAUUGGCCUUCCUUUGCGUCCUGGAGAACCUCUUUGUGUAUUCUACUCGCGGUAUGGCAUAUGCAAAUUUGGCCCAAGUUGCAAGUUUGAUCAUCCAAUGGGAAUUUUCACCUAUAACGUCGCAUCACCUUUAGCUGAUGCCCCGAGCCGGCGUCUGUUAGGCUCUUCAUCAGGAACUGCUGCAUUAAGUUUAUCAUCAGAAGGACUUGUUGAGUCGGGCUCAGCAAAGCCAAGGAGGCUUUCAUUAUCAGAGACUAGACCUAAUCCUUCCGGUGAUGAUAACAUUGAUGACGAGGGAUAA